AUGGCAGUCAGCUUUCAAGAGACCCACCAACGUUAUCAAGCUGCACUCGACAGCGCACUCCAACACUUUAAGAAACUCGUGGAUUCUCAUCACUCCAAACACUGGCAACUCGUACCUCCUAACUCAACCCAAUCCAACCAUUCACGAUCUCAAUUCACACAGAACCAGCAGGCCAACCCUCAUCAUCAAUUCCUCAACGGGCUCGCUCCAAUCGACUUCUCCAACGUUCAAGUCCAUCGUCGGAAGCUAGAUGGAUCAUCAGUCGUCCGAGCUAUCUGCGACCUAUCCAUCGAUCCUUCACGAUUCGAUAUCGAUCACUUCAAAGCCGUACUCCAGACCGCCGAGGUUAGAGGGAUUUGGGAUAAGCUGGUCGAUAAAGCAACAGUGAUCGAAUUACUUGACCCUCAAACCAGGAUCGUCAAAACCGAUUUCAGACUAGGCUGGCCUGCCAACCCUCGAGAUUCAAUCACCAUUUCAAAAACAUUCACAGAUUCAAACACAGUCAUUGACAUUUCUACCUCACUCCCUCGCUCAGCUGAUGAACCAGCCUACCUUCGACCUUCCCCACCAUUCGUUCGAUCCCACGUUCACUUACUCGCUUGGUGUAUCCAACUGGUCCAUGAUCCCUUGCAUUCCUCAAUUAAUCCUUCUCAAUCGAAUCCCGAAGCAGAACCAACUGAUCAUGAUCCCCCAACCGAUCAAGAUUCAUCUCCUCAACCCCUCCUCAACAAGCCCCCGCCAAACAGCAAAGCUCGGAUUACUGUGUUUUGGAAGGUCAACUGGAAGGGUGCCAUCUUCUCCACCCAUCAUUCCCAAAUCGCCUCACUUCUAAAUGGAUUUGUUGAUUAUGUCAGGAACCAGGCUACCGAGAUCCCAAUCUUAUCGUCGUAUGCCGAUGGAAUCGAUCUGAGCUCAGCUUCCUACGAUAAAGCAGAUGAGAAGCUGAACCUCUCAUAUUCAAUCUUGCCUGAAGACUCCACAACCGAUUCCUCAGAGCCUAAAAGGGACGAGGCUGAAAAGGGAAAGAUUUCACCUGAUGGGGCCCGACUUGAACGAGCGAUCGAGCUGAAACUACCGGUCGACCAAGGCUGGGAUAUCCAAGUCAAAGUUCAUGGUCAAGGUGAAGAUGUUGAUGAAAAUUGGGAAGUGAUGGCCGAGAAACCACCGGAUGCACUUCGUACAAUUUUGCGGAUUACUCAUGCCAAGUUACCGAAGCCUGAUCAACUUGUCAGGGUCAAAGUAAUCGUUCAACGGCUCGCUGGUGGUAAAACGGUUAGGGUCAACCAAACUCCCGUCAAGGCUGCAACAAUAGAGUCGAGUAGAAACGAUGUCUUAUCGAUCAUAUUCAAAGACGACGCUCGAAGCAUCAGUGAACUAAGCUUGCAAACCGGCUCCACCGAAAAAUCGAAACUCACUGGUGAUGCGAACUCAACAGUAGAUGUCCCAGCUCGCGAGUCUGAUUCGCCUGGUCCGCAGGCGUCGGCACUUUCCAAAAGACUCAACGCCUCUCGCGCAAAUGUAAUAUCAACUCUGUUACGAAGGAGUUAUAUCUACUUCAGUUCACUCCUGCAAGAGCCUGAAGCGAAAUGGAAACAUACAUCUGAUUCACGCGGUGUUAGCGUGACCCAACUACAGUCCAUUGAUCCUACAUUGACAGUCUAUAGAGCUGAGGCCACGUUUGUGGGCGUCGGAGUAUGGAAUGUACUCAGCGCGAUCACGACAGCAGGCGCGCGCCUUUGCUGGGACAAGAGCUUGAAUGAGGUGAAACUAUUGGAGGAAUUGAACGAUCUGAGUUCUUUAUGGCAGAUCAAACAGAAAGGCAGCUGGCCGAUUGCACCUCGUGAUAGUAUUCUGAUAACUACCACAUACAAAUCACCUGCUUCCGUUCACAUCUUCUCCGUUUCAACUGAUGAUUCCAAUCUCUUUCCAAGUAUCCAACCCCCCACACCCGGAUACAUUCGCGCUCGGACUGAAAUUCUGGGGUGGUCAAUCGAAUCAUUAUCUCCAACAACCACCCAAAUUACACUUAUUGAUCAACAUGAUCCACUCGGCUGGUCCCCGAAAAGCUGGACUCCCGCUCAACUGAUCGCUCAAGUAGCCAACGUUGGGGAGUUUGCCCUGAAGUCAGGUGGACCGCCCCUAAUCACUCGUCUCUCGGGUGCCAGAAUAACCUUAUCAAAAUACGAGCAUGACAAAGGAACUUUCCGCGCAGAAUACACCGCUUCUGAAAAUGCACUUACGCCGGCCAUCAUGGAUCCUUCAAAUUCAACUACAUGCUUAAUCGACUUUUCAGACGCGUCCUCGGUUGAAUGCGAGAUCAGGUGUGAUUGUGAAACUUGGGCCAAUUCAUUAGACAUUGUGGCCGACCCACCCCCGACGAAUGCAAGCUGUUUGAAGCGUCAUAAACUUUCAUCUGGCGGGGGGUGGUGGAUAACGAUCGAGCACGAUGCAAACUUAUUAGAGCACGACAAAGCUAAAAUACUCAUUCGAAGGGGAAGAACUGCACCGGAUGAUAAGGGCUCCGUGACCCUGAACGGCACUAAUCUAAAAGUCGACACCGAAGAAUUAUCCGCAGAAGAGGCGAAGAGCUUAGCGACCCAACGGCGAGUCAAAGCAAGCCUGAUACCGCUUGAUCAGUAUUCCUUAUCUGGUCCUCGAAUGUGGAGGGGUAGUCCUUCUGCUAGUAAUCCUGGCACACGAUCCUCGACCCCAAUCCCCGGCCGUGGUCAAGAAGAAUGCACUGGCCCUGUUGCAGAGGUCGCAUCCUUGCAUCCCAUAGCAAAUUCACUCACACCAUCUGGACCUAUAAGCCCUUCACAUCCUAUGGCUAGCGCGUUAGAAGCCCUCGCCAUUCUACAGACAUUCCACAUCGAACAGGGACCUGACAUCAUGGUUCCCCCCGCUGGAUGGACGUUAGUGGCUGAGAAGGGCAGCGCAUCUGUCUACAAGAAGAUAGUACCUCAGAUCUCUGAAGCUUUCCCGAUUUACCGGGCUGAUCAAGUGAUUCAAGGCGUUACUGCAGAGGAAAUGGUAUCUGUUUUAGCUACUGUUUCCAGUCGUCCACUUUGGGAUGAUGGUGUCGAAACAUCGUAUCUACUCGAAAGCUACGGCAAUGGUUGUACCACUCAUCUACUCACUACCAAGCCGACUUUUCCAUUCAAAGCACGUCUAUUGCAAACCGCCAAUGUCCAUGCCCUACUUCAAAUUCCAUCAUCAUCAAUCAGCUCGAGUACGACUACUGUCCACUUUCUAGCCUCUGCGUCCUUCAAGAAACCUGGUGCUGGCUUGUUGAAUAACAGUAAGUUGAACCCGCAAGGCUUGGUGGAGGCGCACGUGUUUCUGGAGGGGUGGAUCAUGGAAACAGUCGAUCCCUAUUCUUCGAGUUCCCAUGAGAUCCCUUCUACGAGAUGCACUCACUUCAGUGCGAUUGAUUAUGGUAGCUCAUUGCCUGUGGCUUUGAACUCGAUGCUGAAUUCCAGUUUACCUCGAAUGAUCAGUGGUUUAGAAAACUUGGUCAAGUCGCAUGGACCGGUUCCGAGACUUUGUCAGCCAGUCUUUGGGCUUCGAAUGAACAGUUCUCUGCGCACUGAUGGGCUUGCUGAUUGGAAGUGGAAACUCGAUGGGGCUGAUAAUUCGAAGAUCGCCUUGUCUGUCGACGCCACCCCAAACUCAGCAUUUCGGGCAAUGUUUUUACUUCAGAAAGGAGCCAACGAACCAACGUCCAAUGAUUCUCCAACGGCAUCCGGUGGUCCAUCCAGUGCACAUUCCGCUUCGAGGUACGAGACCAUCCGCCAAUUAGGUGUAUCAUUUCCUUCGACAAGUGAUUCAAGCGGUGGGUCGACUUUUGUGCGUCGAUUAGUAUCAACCCCAGAUUUACAUAGGAAAGUUAGUGCCGGCCAACUGAGAAGAACGGGUACAAGUUGGACCUCUAAUCUUCAUGGGGCGCACGUGAUUAGCUCGAAGGCGAACGAGUUGGUUGUUGCUGAGCUUGCAUUGGAUCGAAAAUUUUAUCCGCGCGGGUGUCGAGUCUCUUGGAAGGCAUGCUUUUUGAAAUCUGGCACCAACGCAGUCAUCGAAAGAGACGUCAACUUCCCAUUUCCUCUCGAAGCUGACACAUUGAUGUUGCCGUUAAAAGUCACCUUCCAUCAAAUGCCAAGCCCUACCAUCUUUGCCGCCUCCUUGGACCCAGCCGUUAGGAGAGAACAUAUGCUGUUGAGGAUGACACUACCAGUGGGAGAGAUUCACUCGCCAAUAAAAGAUCCUUUGACUAGCCACUCAGAUUCGGAAUCGUCGACUCCACCGCUAUGGUACACUCGGAUGAGCAAGAGGGCGGUGGUAAUACACCUCUCCAUCGAGCAGGUCGCAGUGGGUGAUAUGCUUGGACCGACAACACAUGAGCAGAAUAAGGGUCUCAAGAAAUCACAAGACUUCCAAGCGAUCGUUAAUGGCGAAAAGAAGAAAGUGAUUUCGAUUGAAGAGAGUCAAGCAGAACUCGAGCGUCGGGAAGUGGAUGACUAUAUGGGGUCCUACCCUUCAAUCUCUCGCGUUAGUCGACUUUCAAGUACCUUACCUAAGCGACAAACACUAAAGCCAACACUCAGUUCUAGCGCGGUGGAGAGCGUCUUACCUCCUGAGAUGGAACGCCCUUUGGCUACAUCGAUCGAUUUCAAGAGCUCGGUCGCGGAGUCACCUCACUUGUUAUCACCUGUCAAUGAAGUUAGAGAGCCAGAGGAAGAAGGUGGUAGUAAAAACCUCACUAAUGCCUCCAACAACCUGGGUUCUCUGCCUACGAACGAUGAACUUUUCAUAGGAAGUCGAAUCAACUAA